UGUUCACAGCCAUCAUGUUCCGACGCAAUCAGACGCUCUCCUUUCGACGAUGCUCACGUUUAAUUUCGAAUUUUCCCCAGAGGGUGUCCAGAAGAAUACAUGCUACACCAUCUCGAAGAGAAAAUGCCGAGCCUUACGAUCCUCGUUCGGUGGAACGCGUUGAGGAUGAAGUCGACGUCUGUAUUGUCGGUGCCGGGCCUGCUGGCCUCAGUGCUGCCAUUCGGAUAAAACAGCUAGAGCGAGAAAAAGGGAAAGAAGUCAGAGUUGUGGUUCUUGAGAAGGGCGGAGAAGUGGGUUCACACAUCCUUUCAGGAUGCGUGCUCGAACCUAGGGCUCUGCAUGAGCUACUCGGCCCGCCUACAACUUACGCAGACGCAUAUGGCUCCGAAGCACCACUAGGACAGCCGGCUACAAGUUCCAAGAUGUUGCUAUUGACGGAGAAAAUGGCCAUUCCUAUACCUCAUCCUCCCCAAAUGAACAAUCACGGUAAUCAUAUAAUUUCCUUGUCCCAAUUCACCAGAUGGCUCGCUACUGUCGCUGAGGAACACUACGGCGUCGAAAUUUAUCCCGGAUUUGCCGGUGCCGGUUUACUUUUCAGUGAAGAACCGGAUGCCGACGAUCCAUGGAUUGGAUGGGAAGGGCAAUGGGGCAACUCAAUCACUAAGAUUGGUUCUGCGAAUAAUGCGCCAACUUCGUCCAACAAGGUCAAAAGUGUUCAGGGCGUGAUAACGAACGAUGUUGGUAUCUCUAAAGCAGGAUUUCAGACCAGCAACUUUGAACCUGGCAUGAUUUUUCGUUCAAAAGUUACCCUUCUCGCCGAAGGUGCUCAUGGAAGCCUGAGCAAGAUUGCACUAAGCAAGUACAACCUAAGGAAGGAAAGUGAGGGCCCAACGUACGGGUUCGGCUUAAAGGAAGUCUGGAGGAUAGCCCCUGAUGAUGGUUCUGAAGGAGAUGGUCGAUAUAAACCUGGAGAGGUGGUACACACGCUUGGCCGGCCCCUCGAUAACUCGACUUACGGGGGCGGUUGGGUUUAUCACAUGGAUAAAGGGCUUGUAAGCAUCGGACUUGUGGUGGGUGCCGACUGGAGCAAUCCUUACAGAAGCCCGUACCGCGAUUUCCAGAAAAUGAAACAUCAUCCGUAUCUUCGGAAGUUGCUCACGCCCUCCAGCUCGCCGAAUACUUACACUCCAUCGCGGAUCGCGUAUGGAGCACGAGUACUUGUUGAAGGUGGCUUACAAUCUGUACCACUCCUCCACUUCCCUGGUGGGGCUCUCAUAGGAGACUCAGCCGGCUUCGUGAACAUCGCAAAAAUCAAGGGUGUCCACAACUCAAUGAAGACAGGAAUGAUGGGUGGUGAAGGUGCCUUUAACGCGCUCAACUCCAGUGAAGAGGAUUCAACGGAAGAAUCAGUGAAACCAGCAAAUCUUUCCUCGUACACCGAGGCAUUCACCAAGUCUUGGGUUUACGACGAUUUACACGAGGUAAGAAAUAUGCGACCAGCCUUCAAUACCAGGCUUGGAGUGUUCGGUGGAGCAAUGUAUUCUGGUGUGGAUAGUCUCCUCUUGAAAGGAAGGACUCCUUGGACAUUCAGGCACACGAAAUCGAGCGAUAGAGAGAAAUACAUGAACGCUACCCCAUCCAUGGAUUCAAGGCAUACACAGAAAGCCUCGAGACAUAAACCCAUCGACUAUCCUGCAUAUGAACCCCCAUUGUCGACGGAUCUUUUGACUAGUGUAUCGCUGACAAGCACGAACCAUGAGGAAGAUCAACCAGAACAUUUACGGGUGGCUACCCUCCGUGAAUAUGUGCGGGAAUGGUAUGGAGAUGAGGCGAAUGUACUUGGAGAGCAUGCAAAGGGUUCAGAUGAAACAGAAAGCAAAACUCAUGAAGGCUUAUUGCAUGAAAAGCAGAAGCGAAGGAGAGAGCAUGUCCAGAAGAACGUCGAGGAAUACGCCGGGUUACUUGGGAGAGCAUGUCCGGCCGGGGUAUAUGAGUAUGUUGAAGAUGAGACUGGUACAAGUCCAGAUGGCUGGAAUGGAAAGAAGCUUGUUAUCAAUGCUCAGAAUUGCAUACACUGUAAACUAUGCGACGUGAAGGUUCCAACGCAAGAUAUUACAUGGACUGUUCCCGAAGGCGGCGGCGGGCCCAAAUACACGGUUACAUGAUACGACUUCAGUUUCUUGUGCUUAUCCGCCGUUCGUCGAUGCACCUGUGAGAAGUAGUUACAAAGACACCUGUAUUGCAUCAUUUUCGUAAUGUAUCAUUUACGUUUGCACUUGUUGUCGAGAGCCAAU